AUGAAACAAAAGACUACUAUUUGGAUGUCCAACACGGGAAACGACAAAGGUCAUUUGCAGCACCUGACCGACCAUCUCCGUUCCAACGAAAUACCACACUCGACCGAAUACUCAGAAGACAAUUCAGUAGAAUUAAGCCUUCGGAAGUUAAGUGCACACCCGAAGGCCGUCUAUCAGAAAUACAAUAAGGCGUUUCAAGGCGUGCGAUAUGAGGUCGUGACUUUGGGUCUAGAAUCCUUGCAGUCAUUCCUCGGUGAGCAAUUUGAAUCCGUUCUCCAAUUGAACCCGAUAGAAUCUGAAACCCCGAGCGCAUCUCAAAGCGAAGCCAGCUCAGCCAGCUCGGCGAGUACUAGACGUUCUCUCCGACUCAGAGGUCAAAGAAACAACUCAGCUGGCUCUUCUGGGUCGAUUGGUAAAGCCGCUUCCUCAAGCACUGGAAAGGAUGAUGUCUUCGCCGUACCUGCGGGGCUUGACAAGACUCUUUUGGAGGAAAAGCAUACAAACAAUAAGAGAGCAAGUGAAAUUGAAAUCUCUAACUUUAGAGAUGAUCCUGUACUCACAGAAUCACGUCGGAAACGAGCUCGAAAGAGUCAGAACUAG